CUUCCAAAGGGGGGAGGAAGAGUCCGGCUCCCGGCGCGUCAGCAGCAUCGCGGGUCUUGGCCCUGGAGGAAGAAGUGCGGGGCCUGACGGAGGAGCUGAGCCAGUGCCAGGCUGAUAAAGAAUUUGUGUGGUCUUUAUGGAAACGUCUUCAGGUCGCAAACCCAGAUAUGACACAAGCAGUCAGUAUGGUUGUUGAAAGAGAAAAGCAGAAAGCUGAACUCAAGGACAGGAAGGUUUUAGAAAUUUUGCAAGUUAAAGACGACAAAAUACAGACAUUGGAACAGAGAACAUGUGGGCAACAAGAGGAGAUAAACAACCUGGUACAGAGAAAGAUUGCUGUGGAUGAGGAAAACGCUGUCUUGAGGAGUGAGCUCUGCAUCUUCCAACAGAAAUGUAAAGAUAAAAUCCAGGAACUUAAGGACACUAAGGAGUGUGCACUGAGAAAGGAAGAGCAAAGCAGACUGGUUAUAAAAAACCUGGAGGAGGAAAAUGAGGGAUUAAGUACACGCUAUGCUGACCUGCUAAAUGACCUGGAGAAACUGAGGAAGCGGGAGGCACAAUGGAGAAUAGAAAAAUCUGGCAUCGAAGCAAAAAUAAAGAAUUUGGAAGCUGAUUUAACAGAGGCAAGUGGGCAAAUGGAAAACUUGCACAGCAAAUGCAAUGAUCUAGCAUCUCAGCUGGGUGUUAAGCAGACUGAACUAACACAAAAAGAUUUGGAUGUGGCCAGAACUAGGAAGGAGUUGCAGGAGCUGCAGAAUCUCUACAAACAAAACACUGAACAUGCAGCACAGCAGGCAGAGCUGAUCCAGCAGCUUCAGGCUCUCAAUAUGGAUACGCAAAAAGUACUGAGAACUCAGGAAGAUGCUCACACAGCUGAAACAGUAUCAUAUCAAAAACUUUACAACGAAUUGACCAUAUGUUUUGAGAAACUCAAAACAAGUGAAUUGGAGCUCCGGCAAAGUCAAGCUUCUCUCCAGAACCAACUACUUGAAAAAGAACGACAUAUCAGUCAGCUGGAAGAACAACUUCAACAGGCUCUCAGCUCUCUGUUUUCAAAACCUGAAAGUCCUUCAAAACAGAGAAAAGAGGAACCACCUGUGAAACGUUCAAGGUCUCUGUCCCCAAAGAGCUUUUUGAAAGAGUCGGAGGAAUUAAGAAGGCUUAAAAUAGCUGAAAGAAAGAUUGAAAACUUAGAAAAGACACUGCAGCUAAAGAUCCAAGAAAACGAUGAGCUGAGGCAAACCCAUGAAAAGCGCAGAAAGAGGCUGCAGAUGUUACAGACCAACUACAGAGCAGUAAAAAAGCAAUUAAAACAAUGGGAGGAAAGCUAUAGCAAUUUGUUUAAAUACAGGCCUGGAAGCAGUAAAAAUGGAAAGGAGCGUUCUCAUCCCCUGCAGCUUUGUCAAGAAGAUUCUGAUGCUGUGUGGAACGAGCUGGCGUAUUUCAAAAAGGAACACAAAAAGCUAUUGAUUGAAAAACUGAAUUUAGAGGAAGAAUUGGAUCAGAUGAAAGUGUAUACAUCUAGGGAUAAAGCUACAAUACAAGAACUGAAUAUAUGCCUGCAACAAGAAAGAGAAGAGCUGCUCUUUAGACUUGGUGAAGAGGAUGGGGUCAAGAACAGUACUCCAAAGAAGAGUGUGAAAGAAAUACCAGCACAGACAUUACUGAAGGUUUUGGAACUGGAAAGGAGGCUAAAGAGUUUCGAGAGAGAAUCAAGGAGAUUGAAGGAAAUCAACAAAGAGUUAACAAAAGGUAACAGUUAUCUGAAAGCAUUGCUCAAACAGCAGAAGGAAGAAGCAGAGGCCAGGGAGAAGGAGCUGGAGAUGCUACUGAAACAAAUCAAAGAAGCCCACGAGGACAAAGCAGACCUGCUGCUGCUGGUAGAUGGGCUAGAGAGAGAGGUUGCCUCUCUGAAGAGGCAAGUGGCAGAAGCAAACUCGCUGAGAGAUGAAAACGAGGAUCUACUGAGUCAUGUGAGGCAAUUGCAGAGUUCGCUGGACAGAGCAAGGACAGUGCCUUCCAUGACCAAAGCGGAGGCAUCCUGCGGGCAAUGUCUGUGUAACAGUAGAAGUGCCAAAGUUAAGUUGAAAACAGGGAAGAAGAAAGGCUUAGUGGGAUAUCACCAGUCUCUUCUCAAUCAGUCCAUCAAGGUUAUGAGUGGUGUAUUUGAGAACUUCAAUAAGGACGGCUGGGAGGAUGUGAGUGAAAGCAGUGACUCUGAAACACCAGUUUCCGAAAAUCUGGAGACAAUAACUGCAAAAAGAGCACAGCAUAGUCCACUGACAGACAGAAAUGACCAACAGGAACAAAAUAAGGUGGAAGAUAAUUGCAUGCCUCCAAACAGUGUGCAUUUAGAAGGGCCAAGCAAAAUAUGCUACAAAAAGCAAAAGAAAGAAACAGAAGUAGUUCCUUUCCACAGAAAGAAGAUCUUGCAUACAGUUAUCAUCCCAAGUAAAGUAAACAGAGAGAAGAGAAGUAUCGUGGGUCAGAAACCUGGCUGUGCCAUUUUACUCAGGGGACGGAUUACAUCCUUACAGCAGCAGUUAGCCAUUCUUCAGAAUUCAAAAAAGACAGCCAUGUCAUCCCUCAAAAAGUCCAGCGAAACAAAUACAAAAUUAACAUCCCAGCUGCAUCUUGUUGAACAAAGACUUCAGGCCAGCAAGCAAACUAUUCAGACACUGACGUCCAACCUGACUGAGUUGCAGCGAGAAAAAUCAGAUUUACAAGGGAAGUUGGACCACCUGACCCAGUCUAUGAAAGUGAGAGAGGGUCUGUCUCCUGUGACAUCUGGCCCUACUGGAAUGACACCAGCAACUCCAUUAAAGAAUGUGGAUUUGGAAAUGAAGCAGAUGCAGUGUAAACUGAAGAAUGCAAAUAAUGAAAUCACUAAACAGUCAUCAACCAUUAAAUCUUUGAAAUAUGAAGUCCAGCGAAAAGAAGAACAGAUGCGUGAACUACAGGAAAAGAUUUCUCGAAUGGAGAGAGACCUAAGUAUGAAAAGGAAUUUAAUAGAAGAUUGGAAGCUGCGCAUGAAAGCAAAUCAGGAAAAAGAAAAAAGCUUUAAUGAAAAACUACAAACUCUUGAAGAAAAGGUAAAGUCAUUGACGGAAGAUUGUUCAAACAAAAAAACGUCGAUUGAUUCACUAAAGCAAAGGCUUAAUGUAGCUACGAAAGAGAAGGCACAAUAUGAGCAGAUGAAUCACAAAGCUAAGGAGGAGCUGGAGAAAAAGGAGCUUAAACUCGCCAAUCUAGAAGCUAAAAUGGCUGAGGCGGAAUGUGCCAUGACAGAACUCGAAACCACUGCCUCUCAGCAACUUCAUGGCUUGGCAAAGCAAAGUGAACAGGCACUCGAAGUACUGCAGAAAAAAUUGAUGAUGUCCAAUGACAAGGUGGAAGAGUUUGUUACCUUUGUGAAGAGUUUGGCCACAGAGUUGCAGUCUAGCGUGAAAGAGAUGAGAACGCGAAUCAGAUGUAGUAAAAAAAUGCAAGAAAACAAAAAAUGCAACAGCGUUUCCAAAGCGUCUGUUCACCGAGCCCAGCACGUGGCAGCAUCUAUCCUUAAUAUUUCAAAGACUGAUUUAGACAAUUUACUUGAUGUUGAGGAUGAUGAGGAAACACAACAGAUGAAGAUGGAAUAUGAAAGCGACAAAGAAUGGAUGGGCUACUUACAGAAGCUUCUUGAAGGACAGUUUCCUUUUGCUUCGUAUUUAAUGGAUGCAGUGCUGGAAAAACUAAAUGAGCAGAAAAAACUGGCGGAAGAAUACAGUUCUCUUGUGAAACAAAUGACCUAGGUGUUGCUGAACAGAAUCUUGAAAUAGAGAAAGGGGACUCUGCCCCCUCCUGUUUUUGGUUUUGCACUUUGACUCCACUCCUGAUUUUGGCUCAUACUAAUGACCAGUUCACAAUCUGUAGCAGCGGGUCCAUUUGCUGCAUUCACAAAAAAGUGCAGCAACUAGGAAAAGGAAAGAUACACACCAAUGUGGACAUGGCAAACGUACCUGUUCUCAUUAAGUGUGAAGCAGCCAUUGGCAAUGUUGCCACCAAUGGGUCUUCUAAGUAAACAGGCUUAAGAUUUGGCUGUAGAUCCCCCUUCUUAUUUGCUAGCCACCUUCUACACAAACACAUCUCUAAGCAUUAGCUGCAGAUCCAUUUGUCACUGGUUAUGCUCCCGUGUCCAAUAGAAAUAGUGUAAGCAUUUUGCACAAAGAUUGCCUUCAAGCAAUUAAAAAUUAAAUUUAUUUUGCCAGUAGAAAGUCUGGAUAAAGCAAGGUGCACUUGCAGAGGUCGUCUUAAGGGCAGUUCCCAGCAAACAUGCCUGGAGUUGAUGGGAGUUGUAGUCCAAAAAUGGUAGAGGCUGCAUUACACAACCGGCAUUGCUAAGCACAAUCCAUUAGGAACUUGAGCAGCUUCUUUUCUUGCACAGCUCCUGAUCAUUUGAAUGGUGUGUGCACAAGAAACCCCCUAGGCAACAGUGCCAUACAUUCAGAAAAGCAGGAGUGCUAAUUUUAAUAUAAUUCACGAGUGCCCUUUGAAAACCCUCGAUUAUGACUAACCUAAUAGACAGAUUCUAAAUUCUCUUUUUAUGUGAAACAACAAAAAGAAUACAAGGCAUGGUUAAUGAAGCAUUUUUAGGGACCAUUCAGCAAACAUGUGCUUCCUAUU